AGAUGUGCCCAAGGCGCCCCCACGUGCCUGACUCUCUGCUCCCUGCUGUCUGAUGUACCGAGGACCUGAUUGCAUCUCUCAAGUGUACGGCACUAGACUGAAGCCCCUUCAGAACGACCCACUCACCGCCCGCCUCUUCGCAAGCGGCCGCAAGCUCCUCACUCCCGAGCGGUCCGUGGGCAAUGGCGGGAUAUUGAGGGAUAUCCGGACUGCGGGAUCAACCAGGCCCGAAGAAGAGGGUGUGGUUUUUAGGAGGACUUCUCUGAAUGAUAAGGUUGUGGAGUCGUGGUACUCGCCUGAGCUACUGCCGCAGGUUACACAUAAUAGCCUCAAUACAUCGGGAAUGCAGGACGCCUGCACGAUAGAUAAACUCAAGCAGGAGAUACAGCGGCUGCAGAAAACACUAUCCGACAAAGAGGACCUAGUUCUAGCAACCCGCCGCAUCGCCUCUGAUAAGGAGAGGAGAUUAAAGGGGGAAUUAGCAGAGGUAACGGAGAAGUACGGAGAGGUAUGCUCGGAGAAGUUAUCUCUGGAGGAUCAGCUGAUUCUUCUCAGGGACAGCUCUGUCAACAAAGAUGAACACAAUAAGCUCUUUACCCUCUACACCAAGACUGAAGCUCUAGUGUUUGAACUCCAAAGCAAGCUCGUUAACUGUGCGGCGACAGUACCGUUAGAGGAGUACAGGAUGUUACAGAGAGAACUAGAGGAGAGCACGGACGAGGUGUUGCAGUACAAAGACAUUGCCGCUCGAAAAGAGAAGGAGUUAGAGGCAGUCAUUCUGUCACAAACUGACCGAAUUCAGGGUUUAACAUCGCAGCACGCCAAGCAACUUGCGGAGGGUCACAAGAUGACCAAGAAAGAGGUCACUGAACGGGACGAGAAACUAAAAGCUACUCAAGGAACAAAUUACCUCCGCUCUCGACGAGAAAUCCAUAGCACGUCAGGAACAGUUAAAGGAGCUGUCAAGAGAACUAGAACACACGGCCCAGGAGAAUAGAAUCCUCCAUAAGAAGAUACAAGAGCUGUCUCAUAAAGUUCAGAUUUUUCGGCAGAAUUGCGAAAACUGCUCGAAGCUGAAGACACAACUGAAAAUCUCUCAAGAAAGUAAUGGUAAAAUACGAGUGGACGUCAACGUCUUAAAACCAAUAAAGGAAAAGGGUAAGAUGAAAUGAAAUAAGAUCAUUUGAAGCACCAUUCUCCAUCUUGAUUCAGACAAAAAUACAACAUUUCCAGAGAUCCGAAUAUUCAGUAAUCGACUGCUCCGAAGAUCAAAAUCCGAAAUUCGCCAAGUACGACUGGCUGUUGGGUAUAUGAAACGAAUCUGGGAUCCUUUGGAUUCAACGAUAGAUCCUGAUUACAGAGGGAAGCAUGCACUGUUUGCACUGUGUGCAUUGUGGUUAAAAACUCUUACAACCCAUCAUUUUGCGAUUAUACAGCGUCCGAAGAUAAACUAAGUUACCAGAUUUAGUAUUUUUUAAAUGAUGGACAUAAAAUAAUGGGUGAAUAAAUAUCCACAAGUUGGCCAAGGGGCUUUUUCGAUAUUCACUAUUCUUUUAAUACUUAGCAAUGUCCAAUGAUGCUUUGAACUUUACCAUCGAUGUGUUUUGAUAUUGGUAGUGCAGAGCUAAAGAUGGAUAUUUCAAAAUAAGGAGAUAUGAUCUAACAUUUGGUAAGGUGAUAUCCUCAUACAAUUACGAGUAUAAGUUUAAUAAAGUAUAAGUAUAAUAAACAAUAUUCAUUUUUACUCUUGAUGCAUUACUAUGUUUAAAGUGACAAUAUUUCGUUUAAAUCUAAAAUUGCUAUGUAGUACUUACAUGUUACGUCGUUCCAUAUUACG